AUGGUUGACGGAGUGCAUUUCACCGUAGAGUCCACGCCGUGGCGUGAUUUGGGUUGGAAAGCCAUUGCCUCGAACAUCAGUGACGUUGCGGCCAUGGGUGGGACACCCGCGCUUGCGUUGGUCACGCUGGGCUUGCCGCCUGCAACGCCGGUCGAUGAUGUCAAAGAGCUGUACGUCGGAAUGACGGAAAUUUGUCGGGAAUUCGGAGCGCGCGUCAUUGGCGGUGACAUGGUGAGAUCGCCGGUGACGUUUGUUACGGUAGCCCUGACUGGUAUUGCGACUGGCAAUCCAAUGGUGCGAACAACGGCCAAGCCAGGUCAUCUGGUGGGGGUCACCGGCACCAUAGGUGGGUCGGCGGGUGGGCUGCGGGUGUUGCUGGAUCAAAAUGGCGUCGCCGGUUGGGCGGCAGAUGAACUCAGGGCGAUCCACCGCCGCCCGCGCCCGCAUGUACCGGAAGGGCAAACGCUGGUAACCAAUGGGGUGGACUCGGCCAUGGACGUCAGCGACGGGUUGGCGGAUGAUCUGGCGAAGUUGUGCGUCGCCAGCGGGGUGGCAUGCGAUCUUUGGGCCGAAAAAGUGCCGGCGCACCCGGCGCUUAAAACCGUGUUCCCCGGAGACUGGCUCGACCUGGCGCUUUACGGCGGGGAGGACUAUGUUCUGCUGUUCACUGCGGAACCGCAGGUGAUGAGCGCCGUAAUGGACCUGUUGCCCGAUGACGCGGCGGUCAUCGGGGAGAUAACCGAUGGACCGGCCGGGACGGUCAACGUAUGGGGACCCGAUGGUUCCCCCCAUCUCCGCGGUGGAGCGGGGUGGGAUCACUUCAUUUGA